AUGAGUAAAAGAACUACUGACCAAAACACGCUUUCAUCGUGGGUGAUAAAACGACCAAAUGUUUCUACUACGAUUGACUGCAAUAUAACAAAUAAAUUACCAAAUUGUUUAAAUGAAGUAUUAUCAAAUACUUUAGAUGUAAAACAACCUUCAAAAUUAAAUGACGAUCAGUUUAAUUUACCGCCUACUACAAGCAAUUUAAACGAAUUUACAAUAAAAUUAUUGGAACUACCUAAUAUUCCAAAAGAUGAUUUUAUUUACCCAUUCUCGACUCACAUAAAAAAAAACAAGGAAGAAAAAAGGUUUCUGAAUAGAUCACAUUUUGAAAAAUACAAAUGGCUUGUGUAUUCUUAUGAAAAAAAUGGUGUUUUGUGCAAAUAUUGUGUAUUAUUUAGUAAUAAAGGUGGAAAAGAUAGAGCAACGCAAUUAAAUAAAUUGGUAAAAGAACCUCUAAAAAAAUAUGCAAAAAUCUUAGGAAAAGAUGGUGAUUUUGAAGUGCAUAGUAAAAAUCAAUAUCAUAUUAAUAGUGUUCAAAUUGCUGAAGAUUUUUUACUGAGAUAUAAAAAUCCUCACAAAGAGGUUAUCAAUAUUAUUAAUACUGAUAGACUGAAACAAAUAGAAGAAAAUAGAAAGAGACUAAAACCAAUAAUUGAAACAAUUAUUUUUCUUGGUCAUCAAAAUAUACCUUUAAGAGGGCACUAUGAUUCAGGACAUUUCUAUCAGAAAGUUAAUAAUUUAUUACCAACAACAUCAGAUAUAAAUUCUACAAUUAAUAAAGGUAAUUUUAGAGAACUCCUAAAAUUAAGAAUUUCAUGUGGAGAUUCUAAUUUGGAAAAACAUUUAAAGUCUACUCAUUCAAAAGCUACCUACAUCAGUCCAAUUAUUCAGAAUGAUAUAAUUGAAUGCUGCAAAAAUUACAUUACAGAGGAAAUUGUUAAAGAGAUUCAUGAAAGUAAGUAUUACAGUAUCUUAUUUGAUGAAACGACGGAUAUUAGUCAUAUUUCACAAAUGAGUUUGAUAAUUAGAUAUCCAUAUAAAGGCAUUAUAAAGGAAUGCUUCAUGGGUUUUAUUAACUGCCAUGAUAUUUAUGAUGACACUGCAACUGAUGAUGAUGAAUUAAUUGAACAGGUUGAGAGGAAUCUUGAGACAUAUGAACCAAAGCUCACUGGUGAUAUAUUGGGAGAAGUUGUGGUAAAUAUGUUAAAGAAUUUGACAUUAAAUUUAAAAAACUGUGUUGGAAUAGGUACUGAUGGAUGUGCGGUUAUGGUAUCUAUUGCAAGAGGUGCUGUUAAGAAAGUCCAAUCUCAUGCAACAAAUGCUUUACAUUGUCCAUGUUCAAACCAUGCACUAAAUCUAUCAAUAUCGAAAUCAUCUAAUGUACAAGUAAUCCGUAAUACCAUAGGGAUAGUCAUGGAUGUAAUUUCAUUUUUUAAUUUGUCCUCUAAACGUAAUUUUGUCUUAAAAAAAGUUUUAAAUGGUAAACCACAACUAAAAAGUUUGUGUGAGACAAGAUGGGUUGAACGCCACGACUGUAUCAUGAUUUUUAAAUCUUCUUUGUCUGAUAUUGUAGAAUCUUUAUCAUUAAUUUCUUAUUGGCAAGAACAAAUUUCUUCUUCAAAAGCAAAAAUAUUAUUGUUAACACUUUGUACAUGUGAAUUUAUUAAUGGAUUGCAGUGUCUAUCAAGUAUAUUGUGUGUGACAUCUAAAAUAAGUAAACUUCUACAAGCAGAAUGGCAAGAUAUAUGUCAAACUAAAGAAAUUAUAACUGAUGUUAUUAAUAAUCUUGAGGAAAAGAGAAAAAACUCUACUGAAAAUUUCCAUGAACUCUAUAUUGAAACAAAAAAAAUUAUGCUGAACUUGGAAGUUGAAGAAAAACUGCCCCGUUUAACUGGUCGUCAAACUAAAAGACCUAACUAUUCUGUUUCAUCAGUUGAAGAGUAUUACAGAGUUAGUUCUUGA